UACAAAGUGUCAAUGAGUACUUGCCUUUCGGUCUACAAAACAGAAUUUCCUGUACCAGGUGUGAAGAAUGCAACUGAAGAACAUCUGGCAUUGGCUGCCUUAAACCACUGGGAAGAAAUUCCCAAAGUUGGUUGUAAACUUGUGCCUGAACAUGUUGAAACACGUCCCCUCUACAAUCCAGAGAGACCAGGAAUCGAACAGGGGAAAAUCGAGAUGUGGGUUGAUAUGUUUCCCAUGGAUAUGGCCCCGCCAGGUCCCCCUGUUGACAUUUCACCGAGAAAGCCUAAGAGUUAUGAACUUCGAUGUGUCAUCUGGAACACAGAUGACGUAGUACUGGAAGACGAUGCUUUUUUCACUGGUGAAAAAAUGAGUGAUAUUUAUGUGAAGGGCUGGAUAAAAGGCCAAGAAGACUUACAGUCGACAGAUAUCCACUACAGGUUCCCUGACUUUGGACUUGAAUCAUUUCCCACGAGGUGCCAAAUCCUCAAAAUUAUGUACCCUUGA